AUGGGUCUUCCAUUGUAUCAGCCUCCGGAGAAAGUCGAGAAAAAGACCGAGGAUAAGAAGGCCAAAGAGGACGACGAGUCAUCCACUGGCGGCCUCAAGCACAGUCUCCCCGGUCUGGAGACUAUGAACCCGCAGACUCUCCGAGACAUCAUCAACUCCAGCAUGAACCAGCGGGCUCAAGAGUCCCAGCUCCCUGGCAGCCAGGUUGACGGCGACCAAGAGAACAGCUGCACCGCCGAUUAUUACAACGGCAACUGGGGUCUCUGGGUGGCGCCAUAUCAGAGAGGCCAAGUCGCACAGCGCCUUCGCUCGGGUCAAUCUCUCAAUCGAGCCCAGCGUCCCACUCCCCUGAGGCGUGAGAACGCAUCGACGAACCGCUCCACCAUCGCACUCACUAAUGCCGCCUACUACGACCCUGACAACCAUGUACGUCACUUGCUGCCGACGAUCCCUGACGUUGAGGAAGAAGGGGAAGAUGAUGAAGAGGAACUCACCUCUCUCCAAAGAAUGCUGCAGCCCGCAAUGUCGCUGGCAGUAAUGUUCGCGCGCCACGAGAUGCUGAUGCUGAUUACGACUCCUCACCUUCGUAGUCGAUUCACACCCACCCUUGCCCCAUGCGAGGAGAGCACCGAGGAGAUUGACGACGGCAAAAACGAGGCUGAGCUUCGUGACUGGGAUUUUCUCAAUGCACUCGACGACCUCGAGUGGGAUCGGUGCGAUGACGACAACCAGUAA